AUGAUGGCUAUCGAGCAGACUUCGAAGCGAAGCGCGGACUCGCCUGUAGCUUCGGUGGAGGGCAAAAAACGCCGGGUUGAAUUUGCCGAUGAGGUGAUGAUUCACAGCGAAAACGGCGAAAGCCAGACCAACAAGGCGUUCUCCGCAAAGCUUUACCGCAAUUUUGUGCUGAGUGCAAUCGAAGAUCUGGAUAGGAACGACGCCUCUCAAGUGAACUCGCUGGCUUCGCAACUGUCACUUCCGCAGUCAAAUCCUGAUUGUAUCUCCGCAGAAAACUUGACUGUUCUGCUGCGAACUCUAUCCUACAAUGUGAGCAAACUAGACUCGCAACUAUGCACUCCCUUGAUCCAGUCCAUUAUCAACUUUGAGAAGUGGUGGGAACUGCCCACCGCGACUCUAGGUACGUAUAUAUUCUUCAUUAAAAUUCUGUGCUCCAGCUUGCCAAAGUGGUGGCAGGAUGUGUCGCUCCCCUUGGUCGCCAACUUCAUUCUCCCAGUGCAAAAAACUGUCCAGCAUCAUGAAAUGCUCAAAUAUUUCCUUCGCACAAUACCCACGUCGACUGGUUUUAUCGAUUCCUACAUCGCCCGCUUCUUCCCCAAUAAAAAUGACUCCAAGAAGAACCUGGUCAACUACGCUGCAAACGUUUUGUUGUUGACAGACUACUGCAACGAAUUGAGAUUCCAAUCAUGGUCUUUGGUGAUCGAGAAGGUCAUUUCUAUUGACGUUGAGCUACAAAACGAGCUGGACGAGCUGGACGACGAGGUCGAAAACGACAUCGACGAUGAAAUCGACGACGACGAUGAUGAAAACGACCACGACGAAGACACAGAAGAAGCAAAUCAAAAUCUUGAAAAUGGCAGCGAUAACGAUUCCGAGGAUGAGUUCAACGACGAUGACCUCAUGGAUGGUCAAGAGGAAUACAAUGUUGUCGUCUCGCAAAACAUAAAACAACUGUCGUCAAAACUUGACGCAAUUCUUUCACUCAUAACAAAACGACUAUCCCAGUCUCUGACAGCAGAGAGCAUAGAGAAUGGAGAUGGGGUCAACAUCUUCAAUACCCUGAUAAGUCUGUUCAAGUCGCAUGUGCUGCCUACUUAUUAUACCCGUUCCAUUCAGUACAUUCUUUUCCACGUUUCCCAGCAGCAGCUGGAACUCAUGGAUGCGUUCUUGGUAACGCUCAUUGACAUCGCAUUUUCUCCCAAUGAGACAAUUGAAAAGAGGAUAAAGUCUUUGCAGUACAUCGGUUCGUUUAUCGCCAGAGCUAAGAGGCUAUCGAACACUCAGAUAAUAUUUGUGGCGAGUUAUUUGAUUUCAUGGCUUAAUCGCUACGUUCUAGAGCGAGAAGAAGAGGUUAAUCAGACAGGAGGCGUGGAAAGGUUCAAACAUUUUUAUGCCGCUUUUCAAGCUCUAUGUUACGUUUUCUGCUUCAGGCAUGCCACGUUCAGAGACGGUGACAACUGGGAGUGCGAUCUGGACAAGUUUUUUCAAAGAAUGGUGUUGUCCAAAUUCAACCCAUUGAAAUACUGUAAUGAGAACGUCAUGAUGAUGUUUGCCCGCAUCGCUCAGCAUGAAGGCGUCGCUUACUGUUUCAGCAUUAUUGAGAACAAUAACAACGAAAGACUCAAGGGCAUAAUGGGCAAAUCAGACAGUCAAAGCCCGGGUACAGCAGUCAGUAGGUGGUCUUUGGCCACCCGUCAACAAUUCAUCGACCUACAAAGUUACUUCCCAUACGAUCCACUUUUCCUUAAGAACUACAAGAGAAUGAUGAAGGAUUACUAUAUCGAGUGGAGCGAUGUCAGUCGCGAUUACGAAAGCGAUGAAAGUGACGAGGUCGAUGAUGUCAGGAGUAUAUAG